ACUAUCAGCAGCAGGAGCAGCAGAAACCCCUCAACAGCAACAUUGUACCCAUCAGAGUUGAAACUGUAAGAGUCAUGCCUCUCUGGGAGUUCUUAGCUGGGAGCAUUUCAGGUGCACUGGGACUUGGAGUAGGAUAUCCGUUAGACACUGUGAAGGUACGUCUCCAAGCCCAGUCUGUGUAUAAAGGGAUAUUUCACUGUGUGAUUAAAACAUAUUCUCAUGAAGGGCUCCAUGGAUUCUUUAAAGGCAUGGCAUUUCCUGUGCUGACCACUGGCAUCACCAACUCCCUUGUCUUUGGCUGUUACAGUAAUGCUUUAGGUUACCUCACUAAGUCUCAGCGCAGUCGAGGCAAACCGGCCUCUGCUGCACAGGUCUUCACUGCUGGCUGCUUCUCAGGCCUGGUGCAGGUGUUGGUUUGUGCACCCAUUGACCUGGUCAAGGUGCGUCUGCAGGGUCAAUCGACGUCAGCACGAUAUCGCGGACCCGUGCACUGCGUCGCCGUCAUCCUGAGGGAGGAGGGGCUCAGGGGUCUGUACAGAGGAGGCCUGGCCCUCACUCUGAGGGACGUCCCCUGCUAUGGGCUCUACUUCUUACCUUACGAGGUCACUCGUAAGGUUCUCACUCAAGAUGGCAAAGAGCCAGGCACCUUUGCGAUAUUGAUGGCAGGUGGCGUCGCGGGUGUGGUGACCUGGUCCUUAGCCACGCCCAUGGACGUAGUGAAAGCUCGGCUCCAGAUGUCGGGGGCCGGCGGGCGGGAGUACAGCGGCGUCCUGCACUGCAUGAGAGUGAGCGUGAGGGAAGAAGGAGUGAGGGUGUUUUUCAAAGGCCUCCUGCUGAACAGCCUGAGAGCAUUUCCGGUCAACGCCGUCACCUUCCUCAGCUACGAGAGCCUGAUGAAGAUUUUCUAUCCACCACCAGCCAGUCACUCUUCACAGUAAAGGGAUGGACACAUUGACUUUAAGGAUAAAAUAUCUUUGAGAAGAUUUCAGUAUAAAGAGUGUUCUCAGUUACUAAAUGCUGUUUUUAAACUGCCUGUAGAAUAGGUCAAAUCCCAUUUGGCCAGCAUCAGAAACCUGGGCACACUUUGAAGGUAACCUAAUGGUUAGGACAGAUUAGCUGCAGCCAGUGAGCCUCCUGCUACACACACUUUACAUGAAAACUGCUACAGUCAACAUUUCUGCAUUAACAACAUAUCACAAUAAAAGUGAUGACUGGAAAUGACUCCAUAAAAAAACGACCUUUUGAGUUUGUUUUUUGGGUGGGAGUGACAGAUGUUGUAUAAAGUGCUUUGAGUGCUCAAGUACAGUGCUGUUUACCAUAUGUGCUUCAAGGAUUGGCCCGCGAGCAGAAAAAGGCAAUGGCAAGAAAAGUAAAUAUUGGCCUGGAUUUCAUUGUUACUUUAGGAGACGAUGCGUUAGUGCUCUGUCAACAUAUUUCUCAGUGUUAAAAUAACUAUGCACAUGCACAUCCC